AUGGAAAGUGAUCAUCGAUAUGAAUCAAAUUCAUAUAAUCAACAAAUUGGCUUCUCCGAUAAGCACAAUUCUCACUGCAAGAAAUGUGGAAAAUUUCUGAACAUCGCGAGCAUCGCAGUUCUCGAAUUGCAUGUAAAGAGGGCCUUCGCUUUUAUGAUCAAAACAGCUGGUUUUUCGGAAAUAAUAUUUUUCGAGCAUCAUAAUAAAAUAAUACUUUAUCGAACAUGGGACGAUGAACAACAAAGCAUAAGCAAUUUUGCGAUGUUUUUCUUUUCUCUUUAUCAUGUUCGAAAAGAAGGAAAUUUCUUAGAGUUUUGA